AUGAACCAGCUUCCCGGGAUGUACCAGCCUGAGAUGUACCCUGGGAUCCAUUCUUGGGGAACAGUAUGGGGAAAGAAUGGCUAUGGAAACAUUAUCCGUGAGCCAAUUACACACAAGGAUUUAGAAGGGAACACAAUAUCUACUGAUAUAUUGACACAUGGAGUAAUUCCUAUUGAUGUUUCUAAGAUAGAAGAGCAGGGGCGGCGGACACGAGGUGGUGCACUUCUUGUGUACCGCCCACGAAUUGGGACCGAAAUUUGCCUAUAUAAACGCUCUCGAAUCAUUCCCGACGGAACCAUUAUCAGAAGGUAUUACAUUCGUUUGCGACGAUCCACUGUGGAUAAUGAUUUCGCCACAGACAUCAUUGCAAGUUUUGAAGAAUCUGAUUCUGAUGCAAUGCGGAAUGGUUGGAAAAAAGGAAAUCAUGAAGCUGGCUUAUUGAUGCAAGAAGAGAUGAAGGCGAAUGAUGCUGUCAACCCUGACCUCUCUGUACUCAAACCUGAAUAACUCGAGCUACAGAGGUCCAAUGGACAUGAUUUCAGUGGCUUUGGAAAGCUAACUUCCAGAGCUUUCCAACGAUAUAUAAUAGUCC